GUCCCGUGACUUUCCACCUGGGUAGCGAAACAGCGUUUAAAGUGAUCGACAUAGCACAAGAUGCAAGAGUGAGAUAUGCAAAUACAUGCAUCGCAGCAGAUGUUAAAGAGAAAAGGAGUGGGCCAGUAGGCCUUUUUGACAACUUAUAACCUAUUUAUUCAGAAAGAGGAAGGAAUGUCACACCCGGCUGUAGCUACCAACAUUCACCACACGCAUUUAUUACUCGAAUUUCGUCUAUGUUAAUAGUCAUCUGACCGCUUUAUUAGUGUAUUUACAUUUUCAUUUAGCCUAAACUAACUCGCACAUAGGCUAAAGCAACUCACGGUUACUUAGCUAGCUCUCAGUCUGCUGAUUUCACUCUUCUUCGCUGGAUUGUGUGAAACUGACUAGGACGGAAGUCAAUUUCAAAGCAGUCCUCCCUGCUCGACACGCUCACGGAUACAGGUCAACAUGGCCAACGAGAACACUCCGCUCUUUAGCCAUGGGGUGUUCAGUGUGGUUGGCGAUGGAGAGACGACUUCGCGCCGCGCAUCACGAGACGCUCUCGCAGAUCACAGCACGACUCCCCCCAAAGCCUCUAACCGCAAACUUAACACUUUCUUUGGUGUGAUGGUGCCCACCAUCCUCUCUAUGUUCAGCAUUGUACUAUUUCUAAGGACUGGUUUUGUUGUUGGCCAUGCUGGUCUCCUACAAGGCUUCUUGAUGUUGGCUGUGGCGUACUUCAUCAUCUCCUUGACAAUCCUGUCAAUCUGUGCCAUCUCCACCAACGGAGCCGUCCAGGGAGGGGGAGCAUACUUCAUGAUCAGCAGGUCACUGGGUCCAGAGUUUGGCGGUAGCAUCGGCCUCAUGUUCUUCCUGGCUAAAGUCUGUGCCUGUGGGGUCUAUAUCCUCGGACUGGUGGAAGCCUUGCUUGCCGUUUUUGGUCAAGAUCCAGCGUCUGGCCAGGUGGGUGGAUUGCGGGUGCUGCCACAGGGCUACUGGUACACGGUGCUGUACGGCUCCGUGGCGCUGCUGCUGUGCCUGCUGGUGUGCCUGGUGGGGGCGCACAUCUACUCACGCGCGGCCUUCCUCAUUCUCAUCGUGGUCACCGGUGCCCUGAUCUCCAUCCUCAUCAGCCCGCUGGUGGUGGAGCCGCGCACCAUCACCAUCACCCACCCCAGCGGCGGGAACAACCACAGCCAGUCGCUGAGCUACAACGUCAGCUACACGGGAUUCAACGGCACCACGCUGCGGGACAACCUGGGCCCGGGCUACUCUACUGACUAUAGUACAAACAAGGAGAUGUCCUUCUCCACUGUCUUUGCUGUCAUGUUCACCAGCUGCACAGGAAUCAUGGCAGGUGCUAACAUGUCAGGCGAGUUAAAGAACCCAAGUGUGUCGAUUCCGAAAGGCACAAUCUUGGCUGUUCUCUACACCUUCGUUGUGUAUGUGGUCCUCUUCCUGCUGGUCAGCUCAACCUGUGAAAGGGCUUUGUUAAUUGGGGACUAUGGCUUCUUCCAGCGCAUUAAUGUAUGGCCUCCGUUUGUGCUGAUUGGUGUGUACUGCGCCUCAAUCUCUGCUGCUAUGUGUGCUCUGAUUGGAGCGUCGCGCAUCCUUCACGCUCUGGCAUUGGACAAGCUCUUCGGUUUGCCACUGGCCCCAGCUACCAUCACCUCCAGCUCAGGAAACCCCUGGAUGGCUGUGCUGUACACAUGGGGACUGGUACAGUGCACUGUGUUUGCUGCUGAGCUCAACGUCAUUGCAGGCCUGGUGACGGUGUUUUAUCUGCUUGCCUAUGCGGCGGUGGACCUGGCGUGUCUCGCUCUGGAGUGGGCCUCCGCCCCCAACUUCAGGCCCACGUUCCAGUUCUUCUCGUGGCACACGUGUCUGCUGGGCAUCGUGAGCUGUCUGGUGAUGAUGUUUGUGAUAAACCCGGUGUACUCCUCUGCCAGCAUCGUGCUGCUGCUGUUGCUGCUGCUCUUCCUGCACUACCGCUCCCCCACCAGCAGCUGGGGCUAUAUCAGCCAAGCACUCAUCUUUCAUCAGGUCCGCAAGUAUCUGUUGAUGCUGGACGUGCGCAAGGACCAUGUGAAGUUCUGGCGUCCGCAGGUGCUGCUGAUGGUGGCCAACCCUCGUUCGUCCAGCCAACUCAUCACCUUUGUCAACCAGCUGAAGAAGGGCGGCCUGUACGUGCUGGGCCACGUGCAGCUGGGGGAUCUGGACCUUCUGCCCUCGGACCCUGUCCAGCAGCAGUACAACUUCUGGCUGAGUCUGGUGGAUAAGCUGGGGGUGAAGGCCUUCGUUGACCUCACCCUGUCCCCCUCCGUACGACAAGGGACCCAGCACCUACUGCGCAUCACUGGACUGGGUGGUAUGAAGCCCAAUACUCUUGUUAUGGGUUUCUACGACAACUCCUAUCCGGACGACUACUUCCUACAGGACCCCGUGUUUUGUGGCAGCGGCAAUGACUGCUCCAUCAACGAGGGCGACGACUUUGGAGUGGAUCUGCCGUCCCUACAGGCGCAUUUCGGGCCGGUUCGCGACGAAGUGACCCCACGUUCGCUCUCCCCAGACGAGUAUGUGGGCAUCAUCUCGGACGCCAUCAAGAUGAACAAGAACGUGUGCCUCGGCCGCUACUUCCACCAGCUGCUGCCCUCCGAGGGCAAGGGCCUGCGGGGGGACGGCGCCGGACACACUAUCGACGUGUGGCCCCUCAACUUGCUGCGGCCGAGCACAGGCGACGGCUAUGCUGACGUCUGCAGCCUCUUCCUGCUGCAAAUGGCGUGCGUGCUCAACAUGGCCAGCGGGUGGCGCCGGGCACGCUUGCGUAUCUUCCUGUGCAUCAGGGCCCAGCCGUCGUCGUUGUCAUCGGAGGAUGACCAGGGCUGGACAGAGAAGGAACAGAGCUUCCGUGAGCUGCUCGACAAGCUGCGCAUCCGCGCCGAGAUCAGGAUUGUGGCUUGGGACGUGGUGGUCAAGCUGCUGGGCGCAGGAGGAGACGGCCACCUGGGGGACCUGGACAACCUGACCAGAGCACCCCCUCCGGUCACCCAGGAGUUCCUGUCUGCGGUUAACGAACUGCUGAGAGAGAACAGCGCAGAGGCGUCUGUGCGCUUCCUGUAUCUGCCGCGUCCACCUGCCGUGUCCAGUCAGUAUCAGCAGUACCUCACCCAGCUGGACACCCUGUCAAGGGACCUCGGGCCCACACUCUUGAUUCAUGGACUUACACGUGUUACAUGCACUGAGCUGUGAGCAGUUACUGUACUCUUCCUGUCAAUUAGUGCACAUUUGGUAUUGCCAUGUGUCUGUGUAGAGUGAGUUCCGUUGUCACGAUGUGUAUUGUAGGCCAAAAUCAUCUUACCAAAGGUUUAAUUUACUGUCAACUUUUUGCAAAAGUCAGACAAUGGCCAGUCAAAAAAUGUUUGGUAUGAAUUUGCUGGCAGUUCACGGAGUAUGUUACAGAGGCCUCGGACUGCAUUCACUUCUUUUGCACCGACUUAUUUUCAUCACAGUUCUAGAGGUGUCAUUUUGUUUUUCAUUCCAGUACUUGAUAUUUUAAAAUGUCUCAGCUUAUACAUCUUGCUGUUUCUUUCCCUUUAGAUGCACCAGGUAACAUGCGUACAGUAUAUGAAUAUUGAGCAAUCUAAAAUAAAUAGUUAUUUUAAGUAAUAGCUACUUACCACCUCAUUCUCCUGAAAAAUACCUGUAUAAACAGGUUUAGAACUACUCUAUCGUGUUUCUUAAAAUGAUAGCCCGCUGUUUGAAGCACUGGACGUAAUUUUCAAAUCAACAAAUCCAUGUGGUGCCAAAGUGUUUGAAGUCACCUGCUCGUCUCUCUUCCCUUAUCUGCUUGACCGGUCCUACUUUGUUCACGGGGAAACAGAACCGGAGAUGAAACAUAAUAGCUGGUCAGUGAAAAACAGUUUUCCAGGUUCCUACUGUAUGUACCACUAUAUUUUGACUUGAGCACAUUGUCAAGGAAGCUAAGGGAAUAUGGAAAUGUAUUGAAUGGUACUGAAGUAUAAGUUUCAAAAGGGAGCAAAAUGUUGUGUUAAUGAGACCAAAGAUUUGUUUUGCAUCCAAGCAAGCAUUUGACAUGAUGCAUUUGUUAUAUGGAAAAAUAUGUUGUAUUGUAAAAUACUUGUUUGGUUUAUUUCUUUGUUGUUGACGUUUCAUUGAACUGCAAAGAAACUGUUACCUGAAAGUGCAGUGUUUGUAAAUGUUAUACUUUAUUAUUUUAUUUUUUUUGGUUAUGAUGUUUGUUGGGUACCACAGUGGCUGUGUUUUAAUUCAUCUUGAAACUGAGACAGAGAACCGUGGAACAUUUAUAUCAGAGGAACAACUGUAUACAGCACAGACUUGUCUCUGCAAUUAACCUGAGAGAAAUUCUGAUUUAAUAUGUAUUUUAUUUUACAUAUAAUAUUUAACAAGCUUAAUAAAGCACUUCAGUCCAUA